AUGGGACAUUUUCGACCUCACAUCUUCUGCGUCUCUACUCUCUCACUACUACUACUCAUCUGGUUAGUCCGAAUUUGUUAUCUAUGUAUCUCAUCCCUCUUUGUUCUUCUUUCCCCCUAAGCCACGCCCCUUUUCUCCCUCUCUCCAUCUUUUUUGUGUGUGGCUCAAAAAAGAGCCAGAAAUGUACACAAUUUUUUUUGGAGCCGCCAGCUUCAUGCUCCAAUAAAUUUGUGACCCGAUGUUGUUUUUUCCUACAACACUAUCUUUAUAUUUUCUAUUUUUGUUGCCAAAUGUGGAUUCAAUAGAGUAUGGAGGGCUUCAGAAAACUCACGAAAAAAAAUCUGGAAAUUUUUUCAGCGAUGCCAAGCCGCCGGAAUCAUUGGAGGAGUUUGGCGAGCAGAUAGAUCGAGAAUUUGAGAAGAUUUCCAGGUUUUCGCUGGUUGAGGAGGUGAGGGUUAGAGAGCGAGGGAAGGUUAGAGAUGCAGACAGGCUAGAGACGCAGAGUAGAUAGACAGCUAGAGUUUUAACCAAAGCAGCGCGAUUUCAAAAAGAAUCCAAAAAAAAAAAUCUGCCCCAUGCCAGGCUCGAACUGGCGACCUCGGCAUACCCUAUAGACUAUAAGUACCACGCGCUAACCGACUGCGCCAAUGGGGCAUGUUUUUCUGGUCCCGAUAAUUUUGUUUACAUGCAAAAAAUUCGUAUAUUGUUUACAUUAGAAUAAAUUCUUCUCCAAAUAUAGGGGCCAGAAUUCACACGUUCUCGGAAAAAAUAUACAAAUUUAGAAAUAAACACGAAUUUUAAUCGAUGGAACCGCGUGCCCCAUUGGCGCAGUCGGUUAGCGCGUGGUACUUAUAGUCUAUAGGGUAUGCCGAGGUCGCCAGUUCGAGCCUGGCAUGGGGCAGAAUUUUUUUUUGUUUUUUUUUAAUUUUGAAACUAGAAAAAAUCCAACAUUUUGUGCUGAAAAGCUGUGUAAAUUGAAUUUCUCUGCGUCUCUCAAUCUCUCAACCGUCACUCAAAUUCAAUUGAAAACGAGAAAAAAAGGGCCGGAAGGAAGUCCAUAAAUUUUACGCGAGAAAACCUAUUCCAUAAAUAAUGAUUCGGUUUCUUUAGCCACCAAAAAUGUGUGUUUUUUUCAAACAGGAAUUGACGAAAAUCAAGGGAGACAUUGGGAGUGACAAGAGGGAUCCGGUGGAGGCGUUGAAAAAUGCGAAGAGGAAUUUGGACGAAUUGGUGAGGCAGCGGGUUCAUGCGUUGAGGAAUUUGGCAAAAGCCGCGGAGGAUACGAUAGAUGUGGAGUUUGUCAAUAAUUACAAUGAAUAUCAUGAAGUGGUGAGUGAUUUGUUUAAUAUGAGCAAUGCUAUUAAAUUCUGAAGUCAUUGUCUAAUUUCCUUUAACGCGAGCAAUAUGUUUAACAGAGCAAUCCCGAUAUUUUUGUUAGCUAAAUCGCUCCUUAUUCAGGAAAAUUCCUUGGAAAGGCGCAAGUGCGCUCUAUCGCACACACAUUUUAUUUGUGUGUACUUCUCUCGGAGUUCACACCCAGAAUUUUUUUAAUUUUCAAUAUUUAAUGUUAGGUACCACUAAUCAAAUAUAGGCUUACUUAUAUGCCCCUUUAACAUGAGCAAUCCCUAAAACUUCAACGAUAUUUUUGCAGUAUCGAGACGAUGGAAUAUCCGGAAUGUCUGACGAAGUUUGCGAAAACUACACACAAUUCAUAAACAUGAGCAAUGUCCUCUACCCAAACGAAAAUGCAUCGCGAAAAACCGGCGUUCACAUCAACACCGAGAGCUAUUGGUGUGACCCGAAUGUGGCGCGAGACUUUGAUUGGACAAAAAGCUCGCUGAUUGAACGAGAGAUGAUUGCGAGUAAGACGAAGAAUCCCGAGAUGGGACAUCAAUAUAUUGGAACUUAUUCGGGAUUGACUGUGAUGUAUCCGAGGAGGAAUUGGGUGAUUCAGCCGGAAAAGAUUACCACAGAUUUGUUUGAUCCGAGAUUCCGACCGUGGUUUGCGGCUGCGGAAAGUGUUCCCAAGGAUAUUUUAUUUUUAAUUGACAGGUUGGUUGGGGGUACUUGUGAGGGAAAAUGUCAUUUUCAUUAAUAAUGUAGGGAUUCUUAACGUUUCUUAACGUUUAACCUUUUUAACGUUAACGUUAAAAACCCCAGAAAAGUGAUUCACGACCGGUAUUUUUAUUCAUUUUUUCACAAUUUUCGUUAAACGUUUUUACCGUUAUUUUUAACGUUUGAACGUUUUUUAACUUUAAGAAAACGUUAAGAGUUUUUUUUUAACGUUUUUAACGUUAAACGUUUUUACCGUUAUUUUUAACGUAAACGGUUUUAACGUUAAGAAAACGUUAAAAAGUUUUUAUUUCGUAAAUCACUAAAUGUAUUCUAGCUCUGGUUCGGUUAGUGGCCCCACAUUCUACCUAAUCAAAUCCACACUGAUGUUCAUCCUAUCAAUCUUGAACCCAAAUGAUUAUUUCUACGGUCUUCAUUUCUCAUCAGGAUAUGAUUCAAUUCUAAAAUCCGACACUUUUAUCCCAGCAACAACUGUUAACAAAAAAGCAUUUUUUGAAGAAUUAGAUGUGCUCGAACAGAACAAUCAGGCAAUAUUUGCUGGACCUCUGAAUGCAUCUCUAGAUUAUCUUCGCAACAAAACAGCGACCAGAUCUGGCGGUCAUAAAUUAUUGAUCAUUUUCACUGAUGGUGUUGAUGAAUGGCCGAAUAGUGUUCUAGAUGAGGAAUUCAGUGAUCACGAUAAGGAAUUGAUUCGGAUAUUUGGCUAUUCGAUGGGCUUCGGCACUAACGAACUACCUCUGCAGAAAUUCAUGGCUUGUAAAUCGAAGGGUGCAUAUUCGGAGAUUGACUCGAUUAUGGAUGUUAAACCGCAAGCGAGAAUGUUUAUGGAUAAAUUGAGUAAAGUGAGAGGGCGUGCACUUCAAGGAACUAAUCCGGAAGAUCGAGAACCCAGUUGGACGAAUUUGUACAUGGAGGCGCAGGGCUUGGGACCAACAGUUACAUUAUCAAUGCCGAUUUUGGCGAAAAAUGAGACAAUUUUUAAAAAUAAGACAUUGGCUGGGGUGGCUGCUAUUGAUAUAAAUAUCAAUGAGAUAACUAAACAUCUACCACCUACAACAGAUCAAUUAUACGCCUAUAUCGUAGAUAACAAUGGGAUUAUCAUCUAUCAUCCGAAGCUAAACCUUCCACGAACUGAAACCCAUUGUGUUCGUCGAAGUGCGUGCUACGAUGCACAGUCUACCAGGCAUCGAGCAACUUAUAUUCAAAGGGUUCAAUAUGGAAUGAGUGAUGAACGAGUUUAUCGAUUAGUUGGAUUGAUUGAUAGUAUCCCAACGCUUGAUAUGUUUGAUUUGGAGACCAAUUCAACUGGAAUGAAGGAUUUGCGAUUGGCGAUUAUUAAUAGGGCGUGUGAUAUUGAUAGACAGAUUGAAGAUCGUGAGCGGAAUAUGUCUUAUUAUUGCGCACCAAUCAAAAAUUCGCCGUUCACUAUUGUUACGGUGAACACAUCGCAUCUAGAAGUCAAGUAUUCUGAAGAGACGGAUCUGGAAUCGGCAAAAUGGGAAAAGCUUUUUGAAAACAAGUUACUGCAUUUCUACUACGCUCGAAGAGAUAUUUGCAACUGGCGACUUGAUACAAUUAAGAAAUCGCAAAGAUUCGCAGAAUUUAUCAAAAUAUCUGAAGAUCCGGUGUGCGCGGAAGAAACAAAGUUGGGUCGAGCACUGAUAAAAUCGCUGGAAAACUGGGGGGCUAGUUUCAAAAAGCAUUUGACGAAAAUGGAUGUGAAAAGUUGUUUUGAAGCGGCAAGGAAUCUUACGGAUAAACAGUAUAGUUCAUACCUGCUGAACACUUUUGUACAUUUGAGGACGAAGGCGACCGCGUCAUAUCCAGAGUGGUGAGUUACACUGGGGGGGGGGGGGAUUGCUCAUGUUAAACUAAUGAAAAUUGUUUAUAGCGCUGAGGGGUACAUGAAGGAAAUCGGGAAGAAAUUCGACAAAGAAAUUGGAUCCGCAGAUAAUCAUGAUGACAAAAUCGAUGCGACGGUUCUGACCAAGAAAUCGAAAUUUGAGGGGAAAGAUUUGAUAACUCAACAAUUGGUUAUGUUCAAGUAAGUGAAAAACAACGACACUCCGCUUCUAGCAAGGAGAAAAUACAAAAAUUCCUCCCUUUAAGUGGGUCUCAGCACGCUGUGUUACUUUUUAGGCGAGAGAUUUGUCUGGGUCUCUCUGAAAUGUCGAGAAAAAAACAACGACACUCCGCUUGACGGUUGGUCGUGGAAGAAGAAAAAUAUUUUCAUUUUUGCAAAAAAGUUUUGGGUUUUUCCAUAGUUUGAUGAGUUAGUCUAACUUUUUUUCAAUUUUUAAAGAUUUUUUUCAUAAUUUUCCGUAUAUUUUUUAAAUUAUACAGAAUUUUUUUUUCAAUUUUUCCCAAAUCCCUCCCCAAAAAACUCACCAAUCGCUUCUAUUUCUCAAACUGAGGUCGAAUAUCGCUUCAAAUCCAUCCAAUAAUCGUUCUUCUCACAUUUGAAAUCAUUUUUGAUCCUGAAAACUCGAAAUUUUUCAAUCGAAACAGUGUCUAAAAAUUCAAUUUUUGACUGAAAUCCACAGAUUUUCCCCGGAAACCUGAAAACCCAGCGAAAAAAAAACGAAAAAUGAAAAUAUUCUCGUGUUGCGCUAAACAGCGGGCAAGCGGCGGAGUGUCGUUGUAAAACUCAAAAUAUAGAAACAUUUUAUGUGACGCCAAAUUUUCACUGAUUUCGUUUUUUUUCAAAUCCUCAUUCCAGAACAAUUUCUCACGAAAAUCGCCGUCUGGCAGUUGUCGGUACUCAAUGGCGACACGAUUAUUUCCCAAUGUAUUUCGAGGAAUUCACCCGAAAUCGAAAAGAAUGGAGGAAUUAUAAUUAUUAUGUUUUGACGAGAGACGGAUUUGUGAUUGCUACGAAAAAUAACUCGAUUAACGUGGAAUUGCCAAUGCAUUUGAUCAAAUUUGACAAGGAGAUUGCCUAUAUUUUGAUAACACAGAAAUGGAUGACAAAGUUUGUAAAUGUGGCGCGCGUGCGGCUGUGCGUCGCGGUCAAAGGGAAAAAUCAAUUAUUGAUUGUAUUUCGACCGCGACGCACAGCCGCACGCGACUAAGGAAGUAGUUUUAAAACAAAAAAAAUAUUUUUUAGCACAACCGAAAUCGAUCCUCAAUCUGAAUGUGUUCCAAGUAUCAACACCGCAAAAACUAGCAGUGCCUCCCCAGCACCGUCAAGUCUUCUGAAAUACAUCGUCAACUCCUUAUUCAAAAUUCUGAAGCUCGGAUUCUGGAAGAAUCUGUCUGAAUCGCUUGUUCUACUCGUCGCCGGUCAAGCCGAAAUGAACAACGGAAAAUGUUAUUUCAGCAAAAUUGUGCCAUUCGAGCGAUGUUUCGAGAAACACGUCAGAUUUCGGAUAACUCCGAUUUUCGGCCGGCAAAUCGGGCUAUUCGAUCGAUUUGUGGUUUUGCACGAAAUUCCCAAGACUAUGCUGAUUUUGGUGAUUACGGACACGAAAAAUAACGAGGUGAAUAUUGCUAGGAAUUCAGUGAUGGAUGAGGAAUUGUGGAAUGUUUUGGUUCAGAAUACGACGCUAGAAUUUACGCAGAGUGAGUUUAAUAUGAGCAAUCCUGAUACUUUCGUUAAUAUGAGCAAUCUUCUAAGUUUAGUUUAACAUGAGCGAUCCUUUAAUUUAUGUUUAAUAUGAAACAUCCCGAUACUUUCGUUAAUAUGAGCAAUGCCUGUUUUUUUAUAUGAGCAAUCUAGAUUUUUCACUUAAAUAUGAGCAAUCCCGAUAUUUUCGUUAACGUGAGCAAUCCCGAUAGUUUUACUUGACAUGAGCAAUGCCUAUUUUUUGCUUGACAUGAGCAAUAUCAAAUCUGUUUAACAUGAGUAAUCCCGAUUUUUUUGCUUAAUAUGAGCAAUUCCAUUUUGUUGAAUAUGAGCAAUCUCAAAUCUGUUUAAGAUGAGCAAUCCCGUCAAUUUUUGCAGUUCACGCCAAAGACCUUCUCCACUCACCUCUUCGCCGUCCUCCCGAUUAUCUCAAAAAUUGGAAAGCUGCCAAACAACCCGAAAACAAUCAAUGUGAUAAUAAUAUUUCAACGAACUCUUCCCUAUUUUUCACUUUUUCUCUAAUUUUUUUGGUCUCAUGGAUUUUUUAG